AUGGCUCGCCGUCCUGCUAGAUGCUACCGGUACUGCAAGAACAAGCCGUACCCUAAGUCCCGGUUCAACCGUGGUGUGCCGGACCCGAAGAUCCGCAUCUUCGACCUCGGCCGCAAGCGUGCCACCGUCGACGACUUCCCGCUCUGCAUCCACUUGGUCUCCAACGAGUAUGAACAGCUGAGCUCCGAGGCCCUCGAGGCUGCGCGCAUUUGCGCCAACAAGUACCUGGUGAAGCUUGCCGGCAAGGAAGGUUUCCACCUCCGCGUCCGCGCCCACCCGUUCCACGUCGUCCGUAUCAACAAGAUGUUGUCUUGCGCCGGUGCCGAUAGACUGCAGACGGGUAUGCGUGGUGCGUGGGGCAAGCCUAACGGCACUGUCGCCCGUGUCAACAUUGGCCAGAUUCUCAUGAGCGUCCGCACUCGUGACUCCAACCGCGCCAUCGCCCUUGAGGCCCUCCGCCGCUCGCAGUACAAGUUCCCCGGUCGCCAAAAGAUUAUUAUCUCGAAGAACUGGGGUUUCACCCCCCUGCGUCGCGAGGAGUACCUUGACAAGAAGGCUGCCGGCCGUGUCAAGGUCGACGGUGCCUACGUCCAGUUCCUCAGCAACCGCGGCAACCUGCAGAACAACAUGAAGCGCUUCCCGGAUGCCUUCGCUGCCUAA